AUGGAAAGCUCGCUUCGAAACAUCCUUCAUGCCAACGAGAUAGAUUUCGAGCCUCAGAUUCGCUCCCAUUCCCAUUUGCCGGUCUCUGGCAACGCGAACACGGCAAAGUUCGACACAUUAGAGGCUGACAAUGCCUUGCCAGAAUCCAAGAAGCGAGCAGCCACGCGGAUCAAGUCGUCUUAUCCGCGGAAAAGAGCUAUACAAGCAUGUCAGAAGUGUCGUGUCCGGAGGACCAAGUGUAAUAACGAAAGACCAUCAUGUUCAAGCUGUUUAGCUAUUGGUGCGGAAUGCACCUACACCGAAGGGGACCACUCUAGCUUCGACUCUGCGAGUCUUGCGAUCCUGGAUAAGUUGAAUACGAUUGAAGAGCUCUUACGAAGAGGUGGUGAUCCUGAUCAGGGUACCUCGGCUCCCGCCAGCAACCUUGGAGAUGAAAAUCGAGGAGCCUUAUCCCGGCUCAAGACCUUGAACUCGCCUAGUCUGGAAAGGACAAAGGAUCCAACUCCUUGUCAUAUGAACAUUGAAGGGAUCUUGGCAUGGAGUGUCUUUGACGAUCUCAACCCGAACCUUGAUCUGAAGUCGCUGCUCAACACUCCAGAAGAUGGAUCUCAGGCGGGCUUAUUUAUGGCGACUGAAUUCGAUGAGCAUUUCGCGGAAGAAACCCUGGUUGCACGCUUUAUGGAUAAUGUAUUCAUCUAUAAUCCUGUGCUUGAAGAGGCGAAGAUUCAUAAGUAUAUGCGUGACGCUCGCUUCAAUGGUAUAGGGUGGGAUGCACAAUCGUGCUUAUUGCUUCUCAUAUACGCUCAUGGAUCGGCAGUAAGUGCUUUUGAUGGUGGUCACCAACCAAAUGCAUCGUCAUUCCGGAGCAGUCUGCAGUUCAAACAAUCUCAAUCUUUUUUCAACGCAGCACAGAAACGGAUGGGCCUCUUGCUGUGUAGGACUGGCGUGCUCGAAGCACAAUGUUUUUUCCUUGCUGGGGUGUAUUUGAUGGCGACCUUGCGACCCAUGGAAGCUUGGAAAAUGUUUGUGCAGGCGCUCGCUUGCUGUCAAGCAUUUUAUACUGGCAAAGGUUCACCUGGUGCCGAGCAGGAAGGGGAACAACGACUCAGGGAGAGCAUAUAUUGGACGUGUUUCAAAUCCGAGCUCGAACUUCGGCUUGAGCUCAACGUAUCGGAAACCUCAAUCUGGGAUCUGACGUAUCCUGCAUUCUUCCCUUCCCCACCGGAAGGUCUUCGAUCCCAACGAGAAAUUGUGUGGUACUUCUACCUUGCUGAGAUAGCCCUUCGACGACUCGGGAACCGCAUUCUGAAUUACAACUAUGAUACGAAACCAUCAAGUUCGCUGUCAGCGGUGGUGGAAACAGUGCUCGGCUUUGAGCAGCAAGCAGCGGACUGGAUCCGGUCGCUUCCUCAAUCGCUUGAGCUCGAAUCACCAUCAGUGGGUGAAGAAAGCGAACUGCACCACUCGUUGAAGUUCAUCCUGAAGGGGCACCUUCUGGAUUGUUAUGAGAUGAUGUAUUGGCCUUUCGUGGUUGCUGCUGUGAACCCCGACACUGCGGACCGGACGGCAACAUUGCCAGCGGCGACGAUGGAUGCCUUAGUGCACAAGGCAUUGGCGAUAUGUGUGGAACGGAUUGAUAAAAAUGAGCAAGGCUUUUUCUACCGGCACCAUGGAACUUGGUUAAUGUUGAGAUCAUGUACACGGAGCGCAUUUAUUCUUCUGGGGGCAGCUCGCACGGAGAAGCUGACCCUUUUGAUGCCUGAGGGAUGGCGUCAGGCCGUGGGCAAAGUGAUCGAAAUGCUCCGGUUUUGGAGACGAGAAAGUAAGGAUGUGGAGGAUAGAUUGCAGCUGAUUGAGGCACUGUUGGAUGGACUAACCUUCCAUCGUUGA